ACGGAACCGGAAGUGUGUUGCAGUGUGGUUAAUGACGUCAGCACGGCUCUGGUCUCUAAUGGCUGAACAACAACAACUGUCGGCGGGUGACAAACUUUCCCAAACUUCUACAGAGACAAAAGAAAGUUGAAAAUAGCUAAUUGUUUCGGUUGUAUAACAGUUUAGGCGCAGUUUGUCUGAUUUUCUUGUAAUUACAAAUGUGGAAUUACUGAUGGAUCUGAGAUAUGAUAUACCGCGGAGGGCCGCCAGUGGCGGCGGGGGCUCCGCGAACGCGUCCCCCGCUUUGGGGGCGCAGUCGCGCCGCAGGAAGAUGCCUCCCAGACCCGCUGAUUUCAAACUUCAAAUUAUCAUUAUUGGCUCCCGUGGUGUUGGUAAAACGAGCAUCAUGGAGAGAUUUACCGACGACACUUUCUGCGAAGCUUGCAAGUCGACCGUAGGAGUUGACUUCAAAAUCAAGACAGUGGAGCUGAGAGGGAAGAAGAUCAGACUACAGAUAUGGGACACUGCUGGCCAGGAGAGAUUCAACAGCAUCACAUCAGCCUACUACAGAAGUGCCAAGGGAAUAGUGCUAGUGUAUGAUAUCACAAAGCAGGAGACCUUUGACGACCUGCCUAAAUGGAUGAAAAUGAUAGACAAGUACGCCUCAGAGGAAGCAGAGCUUCUCCUGGUCGGGAACAAACUGGACUGUGAGACUGAUCGUAUCAUCUCCAGACAGCAGGGAGAGAGGUUUGCCUCUCGAAUAAGUGGGAUGCGCUUCUGCGAAGCUAGUGCCAAGGAUAAUUUCAAUGUCGAUGAGAUCUUCCUGAAGCUUGUGGAUGACAUCCUUAGCAAGAUGCCUCUGGAAGUUCCCAACAACGAGCUUUCCAACAGUGUCCUGUCUCUGCAGCCCGAACCGGAAGUGCCUCCGGAGUUGCCGCCUCCCCGCAUGCGCUGUUGCUGAGAGUCAGAGUGGUCCCUCAUCCUAUGCGCACACACGCGCACACACACACACACACACACACACACACACACACAUGCAGAGUACCAAUCUGGCCACCAGGGGGCAGCAAACAGCAGCAGUUUGGAGUUAUUUACUGCUGAUGUAAGAUGCACAGACUCUCUCAACAACCAGUAUUAUCUUCCCCUGUUUCUUCUCCUGUUCUGUAACUAUACACCAUGACAUGUACUACACUAACACUUGGGCCUGGUGAAUCACCCACUUCCUACCACCCUUAUGUCUACACUUGACCCAGACUACCUCAUUCCUCGGACCGUUAGGCUAGCCGUGCCCCGCAGGUGCCUUCGAGGUAGAGAUCCCUCUGGUAGCAGUUGCACAUUUAUAAGGAGGGGGGAUUAUUGAGGGCCUUACAGCUUGUUCUUUUCCUGUUUUCUUUAAAAAAAAAAAAAAAAAGUCAUCACACAUACUGUACACUAAGUCUGUUCAUGUAGCUUACAGAAAAGGGAUAACAGUAUCUCACAUAUCUUCAGCUUAGUUUAAAUUCUGGGUCUAUAGGUACAAUAGUUUUAUAUUCUUAUUAAUAGGUAUUAUUACCAAGUGACAAGUAGACUUGAGGCAAACAAAAAGCACAUGAUGUAAAUAUGGUGUGUUGCUGUAAUGACUGGACAAGGUGCAGGUUUUUGUUGCCAGCAGUAGGUGGUUGUGUGGUGGUGAUAGUAUCAGUUUGUGUUCCUUUGCCUUAAAGGUAUUAAAGUGGCUGGAACGGCUCAUUUCGCAUUUGUAUAAAUUGUAAUGUUUUGCACUACAAUCCAUCUUACCUAGUUAAGCUGACAUGCAGAAAAAGAACGUACAUGACUUGUAGUUUAGCGCUAGUAAAGAUCAAUGUUGCCUCGGUAGUGGCCGCUCUGAGCUCUUCCGCACCCUGCUAAAGUGGGAUGGAGAUGCAAGGAGAGAUGGGUAAUGUAGUCUUUGAAGGAUUGGUGUUUUCACAAGGGCAUUCUCCAUGUGUGUUGCUGGCUUUUUAGAGGAACUAGAGACAUUACGUAGCUAGUACACACACACACACACACACAUGGUUUUAGCCUUUGUUUUGGUUUUGUUACUAAUAUUGCAAAGUAUUUUCUUUUUGAUGUUUUUCCUCUGAAUUCAGAUACAGCUGAGAGAGAAUGUUUAAGUCUCCCUUGUUUGGGGCGAAAAGUGCAGGAAGGUAUGUUUAGUAUUUGAAUGACUCAGGAAACUUUGAUCGGCUCAUAACUGCUCAUUUUGACAGGCUUUUAUUGCAGACUUGAUUUGCUUAGAGUUUCAUAACAAAUAAAUAAAUAAACAUCUUCUUAAAAAUCCUGCUAGAAGGGGGCGUUUGGGUUUUCAGAGGACGUCAGCAGUUUUGAAUUUAUGAUUUGGCAGUUUGUUAGAGACCAGUAUGGGGAUGUCCCAUUACUUGCACAUUUUCAAAAAUACGAGGCUAUGCAUGUUAAGCCCUCCUGUGUUCAUAGACAUUAAUAAUCAUUUAAUUCUUCCGUCGUUUUUGGUAAAUUAAUGCAAUAUUAGCAAUGUAGCACUUUGUUUUUAUAUGUUGAAUGAAGUAAAAGUCUGAGGGUGAGGAAGGACGAGCCCAUUCAAAGGACCUGAUUCAAAAUAACUUAAACUGACACGCUAUUGGUUCAUUUUAUUUUUUGUUGAAGUUUUAUGUUUCGGUCAAGCUUUUGUGGACUUAAAAUGGCACAUUGUGUAUUCUAACAAAUGAAUAGUUUCAUACCAAAACAAAAAAAUGUGAAACCUUUGAUAACAAAACAGUCACUGAGUAUCCAAGCACAUCUCGCAAUAAGAUUUUCAUCCAGCAAACGACCUGCACAUACAAAUUAUCUGCAACUUCAUCACUUGUGUUUUGAAAUGACAAACUUCUUUUGAUAUUGUUUUUUGGAAUCAAACCUUUUAUUCCCCCCCUAACCCUGUGGUCUUUGUUUGAAUAGCCAAGCCUUAUACUACUCAAUGUUUUAAAUAUACAUUAAAAAAACUGAUUUUAUUUGAGAUGUGUAUCCUUUAAGAUGGAAGACUGUACUUUGUAUUUAAACCUGUUAUAAGUCUUUGAAAGGUUUUGGCAUGUUUAAAGCGGAUUUGUGGUAUUUAUAACUUGUGGCAUUCUUGAACUAAUGAAAUGCAAUUAAAGAUAUCUAUAUUUAUUACCAGA